GUCCUGUGUGUCCUCUGUCCCUCAGGCUGUCUGUCUGUUGGACAGUAGUUCCAAACAAACAGCUAAAAUAAGUCUUUCAAAGGUCAAAUUCUUCAGCUGUUUUUAUGAUGAGGGGAUGAAUUUUUCUGACUGCAGCUGGACUUUCUUCUUUGUUUGUCCUCAGCUGCAGGACGUUUGUCCUCAGCUGCAGGACAUUUGUCCUCAGCUGCAGGACAUUUGUCCUCAGCUGCUGCAGGACAUUUGUCCUCAGCUGCAGGACGUUUGUCCUCAGCUGCAGGACGUUUGUCCUCAGCUGCAGGACAUUUGUCCUCAGCUGCAGGACAUUUGUCCUCAGCUGCAGGACGUUUGUCCUCAGCUGCAGGACAUUUGUCCUCAGCUGCAGGACGUUUGUCCUCAGCUGCAGGACAUUUGUCCUCAGCUGCUGCAGGACAUUUGUCCUCAGCUGCAGGACAUUUGUCCUCAGCUGCAGGACGUUUGUCCUCAGCUGCAGGACGUUUGUCCUCAGCUGCAGGACAUUUGUCCUCAGCUGCUGCAGGACAUUUGUCCUCAGCUGCAGGACGUUUGUCCUCAGCUGCAGGACGUUUGUCCUCAGCU